AUGGUCGGUAAUAGACAAUCAUUUUUAAAUAAUACUCAAAGUCGAUUUUGUUGUUCAUUUAUUGAUUUGUGUUUAUCCACACUACAAUUAUAUACCACUUUGUCAUCACCUGCAUAUUUUUUGGGUGUUUCAGUUGAUCAAACAAAACUGUCAAGAGAGACUUGUUUCCAUAAUAAAUUAUUAAAAGCUAGUAAACGUGGCGGUUUAUCUAUUUCGAUUCCUGAACUCUGUGGUAUCAUUAAUUCACUGAAUAAUUUGGUGACAGUAUUGAAGAUCGUGGCUGCAUAUUCUGCUCUACCGUAUGAUGAAUCUCUCGGUAGUCUUGUCAGUGAUUAUUAUUAUCUUCUUCCUAGUUUACAGCAUAGUGAUCAUGAUGCAGUUCUUUACCUAGUUCGUGUAACUAGUUGA